CGCUACAUCUACGUUGGCGUUGUGUCGUCACGAGCCCGAGAUGCUGUAACGCUUCAGUCGCCAUUUCAUUCUCUAAGGGUCAACACGCGGUUUUUGUCUCAGAGUGACAAGAAGGCUCCACGAUGGUGAAAAUAUUCAUUGGGAACUUAUCACAGAAGACUACAUCGGAUGAACUUCGCUCCCUCUUCUCCCAGUAUGGGAAAAUUGCAGAGUGCUCCAUUGUCAAGAACUUUGGGUUUGUACACAUGGACAACAAAGCUGAGGCAGAGGAGGCCAUCCGCAACCUUCAUCAUUACAUGCUGAAUGAUCAGCCCCUUAAUGUAGAACUGAGCCACGGCAAGUCCAAAGGAUCUACCAAACUGUAUGUCGGCAACAUUGGAUGCACCAAUCAGGAGCUGAGGGCCAAGUUUGAAGAGUUUGGUGCUGUGGUGGAGUGCGACAUCGUUAAAAACUAUGCUUUUGUUCACAUGGAGCGAAUGGAGGAUGCCGUGGAGGCCAUUAAUCAGUUGAACAACACAGCCUUUAAAGGCAAACUGAUGAGCGUGAAGCUUUCGACUAGCCGCCUGCGUACUGCGCCGGGAAUGGGAGACGGAGCGGGUUGUUAUCGUUGCGGGCAGGAAGGCCACUGGUCCAAAGAAUGUCCUCUAGACCAAAAUGGCUACCACAGAAACAGCUCGGAGCCAAAGUCUGAUGGAUACAGUGCCUCGAGAUUUGGCGGGCGUGAUCGCAGCCGGGAUUAUCAGGACUUCGGCGGUGAUCCAGAUUACGCCGGUACCUAUGCACAUGGUUUCUCCCGGGGUUCCGGUCAAAGCAGCAUGACCGAUUACAGAGGAGGCGCAGGCUAUGAGAGCGCAGUGAGAUAUGGGCCACAUCCCGGGUACGCCAUAAACGCCAUUGCUGAUCAUAACAUGGCUCGGAUGUACGGCAGCGAGGCGGCAUACAGGACCAACGGCUCGCUCUAUGGCGCGGUACCAGCCUUCUCGGUGCGACGGUCGUCUUACGAGGAAAGGGAUCCGUACGGGGUCGUGGACUACUACGAGAAGUACAGGGCCAAUACUUACGGAGACAGUUAUUUCGAGGAACGCCAUGGUGUCGCCUUGUCUGCUUCAACAACCACCUCCUCUGCAGCUUUGAGGGAUCGUCUGCCCCCCUCUAGCGUCGACCCAUACGAGUGCCCUCCCCUCCCUCCUCCACCGGCCCCAGUCUCCUCAUACUACUCACGUGACCGGAGUCCGAUACGGAGAGUCGCUGGCGAGACGGGUGGAUAUACAUAUGAGCGUUCGCGCCUUUCCCCAGUGACCACCCACCCUAGAAGUUCUGCCUAUGACCACGCGCGGGAUCCUGCCGCUGAUCGGGCACGAUAUGCAUACUAACCCAUGUCUGCUACAGCUAGCUGACUAACGUUGAGCUGGUAGGGCAGCUUAAGCCACUGGAACCACCUAACGUCAGUUCGUAUAUGCUUUGAUCCGAUACCAGGUCAUAUAGCUGUUUCCUUAUUUACCUUUUGUGAUAUUUGUGCAGUUCUGAGAGUUUUUAGCUUCUUUUUUUUUCUUCUCAGUACAGGUGCGAGGUUUACCUACGACCUAGUUUAAUUCGUGGUAUAAUAGCAGCUGAAGGACACAUGUUGAUAUACUGUUGUUAGUGCAUGGCCAUGGUGAGUCUAUAAAACCUUCCAGUGUUUAACUAUGUGCAUUGUAGUGAAAGUUGUCCUGCAGCCUCCAGCAUUACUGCACAAUAAUCAGAGGUGACGUCAGAUCCCGGUUCAGUGCUUCUUAACUAACUUCUGGUAAAUUGUUUCACCUUUUAGUUUAAAUUUUGGAUUAUAUUGAUUUGACACGAUGUCAAAGAAACCUUUUUCUUUUUCUUAUUCAGAGUUUUGUGUUAUCUUUUUAAACAUCGCUGUGAUAAAUAAAAGACUUCAGCUCAUCUUGUAAUGUCACGUUACACUGAUCUCUGUUUCUCAUGUUUCUUUUCCUCCUUGGGACUUUUUAAUUAAAAGUUUGAAACCUGAA